AUGGACGCAAGUCAGCCAACGGGCAUGGUGGACGUGAACGGAGAUACGGCAACGUGGCAUGGGUGGUGUCGUGCCCAACCCCAACAACAACAACAACAACAACAACACCAACAGCAACAACCACUUGAUCUGUGCGCAGAGACGUGCAUCUGUGCCCAUCAUCGAUCCCUUCCAUGCACCCCUGUUCGACGCAGCGACCACAGUUCCAGCGAGCAGCGGCCUUAUCUUCAUGCUGAAUCAUCAUCCCUUGUUUCAAACAAGGACAAUGCCUUCAUCAGCGACUGCGACACUAUCACUCGACGACGCCUCCUGAUGCUUGCCAUCGACACAGCUCCACACGCAGCGAUUACAGUACAGUGGGCUGGCGACGUGCUUGCGUCAAACGGCAGCAUCAACCACCAACAUCAGGAGGCGUGCUUGCUUGCUGUGGAUGGCCUUGUCCACUGCAUUCCUAAUGCCAACGCCGGGUCUGUGCUCGUCAUCGACCCAGUGUGCUGA